GCUAUUUUGGAGGUGCUAUUUUGGAGGUUAUUUGACUGCCUUUUUCGGUGGGUUUUCCAGUAGCCGUAAUUUUGAAUUAUUUUCUAUUUCUUUUCUUUUUUUCAUUUUAUCUUUUGGAUGGAAUAGAUAUUUCAAUAUAUAAUCUUGAAUCUCCCUGAUCUGUGGGACCUUUUAUUGAUUUACCUUUGUAACUAUUUGAUUUUUCAUCCGUACCUUCCAUACUGUAUUCCUACAGAUAUGAUGAUUAUGAAGAAACUAGAAAAACGUACCAUACAAUUAGAAGAUAAUGGAGAUACUAGUUCAACUAUUGAAGAAGCAAAUGGAGUUACUACAGUAACCCAUAAAAGUCCCUCUACAACCACCACCAUCUCUUCAAAUCAUGAUGGAGCAAGUUAUACCACCAUAAUAAAUAACGGAACAACAAAAAUCAUUAAAUCAACCCCAAUACAAAAAAAGGAAACAAGACAGCGAGGACUAAGCUCGGGAAUCGAUGAUAAUAAAAUCUUGCAAUGGGUGUGUUGUGAAUGUGGGUUGGCUCAUGGUUCAAUAAUAUAUAAUUCCCAACAUCAAUCAAAUUUAACUAAUUUACCGCCCCCUCCUCCAAGCCUACCAAUAAUAUCAAAAGAUGAUAGUAAUACCUCUUUAAAUGAAGAUGAAAGUGGGGAUUUGAUUUCAAAAGUUAAAUUUUACUCUCAAUUAAUUUAUAAUCGUGAUUAUACUACUUCAAAUGAUUCAAUACUAAAUAAUCAAUACCCAAAUUCUCCUCUACAGUCUCCAAUAUACUCGGAUAAUGAUAAUAACUCCAUCAUCUCAAAUGAAGAAGAUUUGAAAAUUGAAGAAAUUCUCUUAAAACCUCCAAGUCGAUUCACCUGUCAUCGUUGUUAUCAUAUGAUGUGCCCUUAUUGCUUGAAAAUUCGAACUAAAGAUUUAGAUUAAUUUUCUGUACAUACCCCUUCUAAUGUCUAAUGUUUAAUGGUUUAUGGUUACCUG